AUGGCAGCGGUUGGGAGGCCACUGUCCGCCACUUGGGGCGCUCCGCCUCCCACCCCCUCGGCAGCGGCCGCCAUCAGCCUGCUGGGGCCUUCGGCGACUUCGCCAGCGCCCCAAGCGCCCCAAGCGCCGCAUGCGCCCCAAGCGCCCCAAGCGCCGCAUGCGCCCCCGACGCCCGCGGCAGCUGCGAUCAAUCUGCUGAAGCCGAACUUCGCGGUGACUGCGCCUGCUGCGCCUGCUGCGCCUGCUGCGCCCCCACCGCAGGACAAAGAUGCCAAGCUUGUGGGCAGCAUUCUAGCAGCUGCGCCCAUGCCUCAUGCCGGCCAGGAUCAGAGUGGGCGGGAUGCCGGUGUGCUGGACAGCUUCUUGCGCAAGGUGCCUGAUGCGCGGAGGAAGCCUGCGCCGCUGAGUGUUCUAGAUGCACCUCAAGCACAGGCGCAGCACGACGAUGCGAUGCUCCAGCAGCUGGUGGGCAGAGGAGGUCUGCGCCCUGAGAAGCAGACCGGGCGCAUGGAAAGAUCUCCUCAGGCCGAUGCAGUUUCGGCCAGCCGAGAGAUCGGUUCACGAAUCCCAACGGGCUUCCAAGGCUACGCGGGCUAUGGCGGCUAUGCGGAUGCGCCGCUUGAGCGAGGAGCGGCUUAUGGUCUCCCUGUCGCGCGGCGCAGCGUGCACUCGGAGAGGCCUCGGGGCGCGCCGCUGGGGCGCGGGCAUUCCAGGCGAUCAGUCGGAGGUGGAGGCCUCGCGAAGGUGAGGACCAACAUCAUUGAGGAGCGCGCCAAGGAUGACCUGCAUGAGGAGAACCUCCAGUUGCGCAGGGCGCAGACCGAGAUGAAGAGUCGACUCCAAAAGCUGCAGGUGAAAAUCCGGAGCGCACAAGAAGAGCCACGGGAAGCAAAGGCAUUGGAGCAGAAGGCGUCAGACCUGGAACAGCUCCAGCGGGCGCUGUCAGCGCCCUCAAAGGCCAAGGCUUCCACCUCCCCUGGCGUGCGCCGGGGCACGCGCUCCAGCAGGCAGCAGUCCCAGCGGCGCUCUGGCGGACGACUGCGCAGCCGCAUGAGUGUGCCCUGGAGCCAGGCGCCAGCUCCUGCCCCACACGUUGGCUAUCCGGCUGAGAGCCGAUCCUCCCCCCGCGGCGUCCAUGUGCUCCCAGCCUUGCACGUGCAGCCCGAGAGUCCUUCGAGGCAUGCGAGCCAGAGCCCUCAAGCCGGCCGCAGGUCGCCCAGAGCACCGGCGCCGGAAGUGCCUUCCGUGCCCGCGCCGGCGCUGGAUCGGAGGCCGGCGGCGCCUUUGGCGCUGGAUGUGAAGGAGCCCUUGCCAGCGCACACUCAGAGCCUGCACCUGUCCCCGAUGGCGCUGCCGUCCCCCCUGGCAAGAUCACCACAGGAGCCGCUGCUGUCAGACUUUGAGCAGCGCAUUAUGAGCCAGAACAAACAGAAGGCCGAGGAGCUCCGGCAGAGAAACCGGGAGCUGUCCAGCAGGCUCGACGAGCUCCUGGUGCAGCAGAUCUCCGCGGAUCAUUUUCAGGAGAAGCAGAAGUCGAGGUACAAGGAAAAGGCGAAGGCGAUGGAUGCCAAGAUCAGAUCAUUGGAAGCUGCUUUGGAGAGACUGAGAGACAAGGGGCGGCAAGUGGACAGCGCCUUGCAGCACGACAAGCAGCAGCUGGAGGUGGACGUGGCCGUGCUGUCCACCCAGCUGCACCACGCACAGGAGUUGAUUCUGAUUCCGCGGGAGGAUGGGGUGAAGGUGCCGUGCCUCUUCUUGCCCUUCCAGCAUGCGAGGUUCUUGUUCAUCUACUUCCACGCAAAUGCGGAGGAUCUGGGGCUGAGCUACUCCUUCUGCAAAAUCCUGCGGGACCUCUUCCAGGUCCACAUCCUGGCGGUGGAGUACCCGGGCUACGGGAUCUGCCCAGGCACGGCGGACGAGGCCGGGAUCAUGGCCAAUGCCGAGGCGGCCAUGGACUUCGCGGUGAAGACCUUGGGAUGGCCCAAAGACGGCAUCAAACUCUUCGGCCGAUCCUUGGGCACUGGGCCCACUGUGCAAUUAGCCGCUCAGAACCAGGUGGCUGGGGUGAUUUUGAUCAGCCCUUUCACCUCGAUCAAGGCUCUCUUCCAAGCGCAGGUGGGGCGACUGGCGGACUUCGUGCAGGACCGCUUCGCCAACAUGGACCUGGCGCCGCAGAUCUCGAGCCCCACCUUGAUCAUCCACGGCAUGCAGGACUCCUUGGUGCCGCUGGAGCAUGGGCGAACGAUCUACGGAGCGAUUUCUUGCAAGAAGAUGCUGGUGACGCCCCACAACAUGAGCCACAACACUUCGUUGCUGAAGGAUGUUGCGACCUUCAUCCUUCCCAUGACCCACUUCUUCUCUUUGCCGGAUUACACUUUUGAGGAGCCCGAGAUCCCGGAGUGGGUCUUCCCACCGGGCGCGUUUGACACCGAUGCUUCGCCUCAGAAGCUCCGCCCGACUUGCCAGGCCUCUUGGAUCUGUGGGCGCCCCUGUGGCUUGGGCUCUGAGGAGGAAAACGUGGUGGAGCCCAUCAGUCAGCUGAAGCCCCAGCCCAAAGCUCAAGGCUUGUCCGAGGAAUGUGUGCCAGACGAGCUCACAGUUCCACUAGCCGACCGGAAAGAGCAGAGCCCCGUCGUUGCCAAAGGCGUUUCACAGGAGGUUUCACGCGCAUACGUGUUUUGCCGCGCUAAGACUGAGUUGUAG